GAGAGGGAGGAGGAGGAGGAGAAGGCGGAGGAGGAGGAGAAGGCGGAGGAGGAGGAGAAGGCGGAGGAGGAGGAGAGGGAGAAGGAGGAGAAGGCGGAGGAGGAGUAGAAGGCGGAGGAGGAGAGGGAGGAGGAGGAGAGGGGAGAGGAGGAGAGGGAGGAGGAGGAGGAAGAUGAAGAGGAAGAGGAGGAGAAGGCGGAGGAGGAGGAGAGGGAGGAGGAGGAGAGGGCGGAGGAGGAGGAGGAAGAGGAGGAGGAGAGGGAGGAGGAGGAGGAGAGGGAGGAGGAGGAGAGGGAGGAGGAGGAGGAGGAGGAGGAGAGGGAGGAGGAGGAGAGGGAGGAGGAGGAGGAGAGGGAGGAGGAGGAGGAGAGGGAGGAGGAGGAGGAGGAGAGGAGGAGGAGGAGGAGGAGGAGGAGGAGAGGGAGGAGGAGGAGGAAGGAGGAGGAUGAGAGGGAGGAGGAAGGAGGUAUGAGGAGGAGGAAGGAGGAAGAGAGAAAAGGAAGAGAGAAAAGGAAGAGAGAAAAGGAAGAGAGAAAAGGAAGAGAGAAAAGGAAGAGAGAAAAGGAAGAGAGAAAAGGAAGAGAGAAAAGGAAGAGAGAAAAGGAAGAGAGAAAAGGAAGAGAGAAAAGGAAGAGAGAAAAGGAAGAGAGAAAAGGAAGAGAGAAAAGGAAGAGAGAAAAGGAAGAGAGAAAAGGAAGAGAGAAAAGGAAGAGAGAAAAGGAAGAGAGAAAAGGAAGAGAGAAAAGGAAGAGAGAAAAGGAAGAGAGAAAAGGAAGAGAGAAAAGGAAGAGAGAAAAGGAAGAGAGAAAAGGAAGAGAGAAAAGGAAGAGAGAAAAGGAAGAGAGAAAAGGAAGAGAGAAAAGGAAGAGAGAAAAGGAAGAGAGAAAAGGAAGAGAGAAAAGGAAGAGAGAAAAGGAAGAGAGAAAAGGAAGAGAGAAAAGGAAGAGAGAAAAGGAAGAGAGAAAAGGAAGAGAGAAAAGGAAGAGAGAAAAGGAAGAGAGAAAAGGAAGAGAGAAAAGGAAGAGAGAAAAGGAAGAGAGAAAAGGAAGAGAGAAAAGGAAGAGAGAAAAGGAAGAGAGAAAAGGAAGAGAGAAAAGGAAGAGAGAAAAGGAAGAGAGAAAAGGAAGAGAGAAAAGGAAGAGAGAAAAGGAAGAGAGAAAAGGAAGAGAGAAAAGGAAGAGAGAAAAGGAAGAGAGAAAAGGAAGAGAGAAAAGGAAGAGAGAAAAGGAAGAGAGAAAAGGAAGAGAGAAAAGGAAGAGAGAAAAGGAAGAGAGAAAAGGAAGAGAGAAAAGGAAGAGAGAAAAGGAAGAGAGAAAAGGAAGAGAGAAAAGGAAGAGAGAAAAGGAAGAGAGAAAAGGAAGAGAGAAAAGGAAGAGAGAAAAGGAAGAGAGAAAAGGAAGAGAGAAAAGGAAGAGAGAAAAGGAAGAGAGAAAAGGAAGAGAGAAAAGGAAGAGAGAAAAGGAAGAGAGAAAAGGAAGAGAGAAAAGGAAGAGAGAAAAGGAAAUCCCCAAAUACGGCGUAGCACUAUCUCAGCCAGAGUUCCAGCCCGGGAGCCCCCCCCCCGCCGCCUCCCGCCUCCCCCCGCCUGAAUCUUCCCCCGCCUGGCUCAUUCCCUUCCCUCCAACUGCAUGA